AUGGCGGACGACUGCGUUGUCCGUCUUCCGACAAACCUCAACGAAGAAAAGGCAGAAUGGGACUUCUUUCGCUCCACCAACAAAAUGCAGGACAGCCGACUGAUACUCGCUGCUCGCCGGGGGCAACUGACAGAAAUCGCCGUUGCUUUCCGACGUCUGGAGGCAACCCAUGGUCGAACCGUCGCCGUACGUUGUCUCAGCACCCAUUCGAAUAAGCUGGGCAAAACAGCGCUUCACGAGUGUGCUCAGAACGGCCACCUGCGCAGCGUCGAAUACCUGACGCGAGAUGUCGGUGUUCAAGUGAACUGCCUGAAGCGAGGCGACUGGACUCCGCUGAUGCUGGCGUGCAUUGGUGGCCACGAACCCGUUGUGAGAUGCUUGAUGGAUGCCGGUGCCGAUCCUUACUACCGCAACAAGGAUGGUAUAACCGCCUUUCACUUGGCUUGCAGGUGA